UUGUCCCAGGGAGCAGCGCGCGGCGUUUCGGCUCAAGAUGUCUCCCGGCGUGUUCCAGUUUAACGAGGCGCGGCAGAAGUUCAGCGUAUGUACAAAAGAAGCUGUGAAGAGCAAAAAUGUCAAGCCAUUGACCCUUGUAUUCAGCCAGUUGAGUGGAGGAGAAACAGAGAAGAAAACUACACUGGAUCAAGCAUUCAGAGGUAUUCUUGAAGAAAAAAUUUUAGAACAAGGUGAAUUUGAAGAUUUCUUGUCUAUUAUCUCUCUUAGCAUUAAUGCAGUCACAGAAGGUAUUUGCUCUGCAACAACACCCUUCAUACUGCUUGGUGAUGUACUUGAUUGCCUUCCUCUUGAUCAAUGUGACAGAAUAUUCACUUUCGUAGAAAAAAAUGUUGGAACUUGGAAAUCUGCAACAUUUUACUCUGCUGGCAAAAACUACUUAUUAAGAAUGUGCAAUGAUCUCUUACGAAGACUUUCCAAGUCGCAGAACACUGUUUUCUGUGGAAGAAUCCAGUUAUUCCUGGCUAGAUUGUUUCCUUUAUCAGAAAAGUCAGGGCUCAAUCUGCAAAGCCAAUUUAACCUGGAAAAUAUCACGGUGUUCAACACCAAUGAACAGGACAGCACCCUAGGGCUGAAAAAUUUGCAGCACACAGAAGAUAAAGAAGAUGGAAUGGAAGUUGAGGAGGGAGAGACAGGUGACGAGGAACCCCCUACAACUUGCUCUGUUCCCAUCGAUUACAACUUGUAUCGGAAGUUUUGGUCACUCCAGGAUUUUUUCAGAAAUCCAUUGCAGUGUUACGAGAAAAUUUUUUGGAAGACGUUUUUGAAGCAUUCGGAUGAAGUGUUAGAUGUUUUCAGAAGCUACAAACUGGAUGAUAUGCAGGCUUCAAAGAAGAAGCAGGAGGAAUUAAAACCCCCAGGAGAUGCACAUGUUUACUUCGCUAAAUUCUUGACCAGUGAGAAGCUGAUGGACCUACAACUAAAUGACAGCAACUUUAGACGACAUAUUCUUUUACAGUAUUUGAUAUUGUUUCAAUACCUGAAGGGCCAAGUCAAAUUUAAAAGCUCCUAUUGCGUAUUAACUGAUGAACAGUCUCUGUGGAUUGAAGAUACCACCAAAGCAGUUUAUCAGUUGCUCAAGGAGACCCCACCUGAUGGAGAGAAGUUUUCUAGAAUGGUAGAGCAUAUAUUACAUAGUGAAGAAAACUGGAUUGCAUGGAAAAAUGAAGGCUGUCCAAGUUUUGUUAAAGAAAGACCGCCCGAAUCCAAAAUUCCAAAGCCUGCAAGGAAAAGACCUGCUCCUGAAGAUUUCUUUGGAAAAGGACCAAAUAAGAAGGUCUUAAUGGGAAAUGAAGAGCUGACGCGGUUAUGGAAUCUCUGCCCUGAUAAUAUGGAGGCAUGCAAAUCUGAGAGCAGAGAAUUUAUGCCCAGUUUAGAGGAGUUUUUUGAAGAAGCAAUUGAACAAGCUGAUCCUGAGAACAUGGUUGAAGAAGAGUAUAAGGUGGUAAAUAAUUCCAAUUAUGGCUGGAGGGCUUUGAGGCUGCUAGCUCGAAGAAGUCCACACUUUUUCCAGCCAACCAACCAGCAAUUCAAGAGCUUGCCAGAGUACCUAGACAAUAUGGUUAUCAAAUUGGCGAAGGAAUUACCUCCUCCAUCUGAAGAAAUAAAGACAGCAGACGAUGAAGAUGAGGAAGAAGACAAUGAUGCACUGCUAAAAGAAGGCAAUGAAACCAACAACAGCAGGCUACCUGACAUCAUCGUCUGGUGACAAAAGGCUGCUAACGAACUCUCCCAAGCAGUUAAUGGUUGCAAUCAGGUCCUGAUUUGCACACGAGACUUGUAACACGUGAACAAAUAGAUAUAUUUGCCAGCAAGCUUGGAGAACAGUGGAAAGUAUUGGCACCCCAGUUUGAAAUGAAGGAGUCCGACAUCUGUGCAAUCGAAUCAGAUAGCGAGGACAUGAAGAUGCGUGCUAAGCUGCUGCUCGUGGCUUGGCAUGAUCGGGAGGGACUGCAAGCUACAGUAGAGAAUUUUUUGUCUGCGUUGAUUGAUGCUGGUUUAAAUGAACUUGCCGAAACCCUGACAAAUGAGGCUGAUAGCAUCAGCUAGUCAUUGACUGAAGAACCAAACAAGUGUACAAAUCAACCUUGUUUUCUUUUUUACUAUUCUAUUUCAAAUAAUGAGAUAGUGAAUUUUACAAGUUUUUUAAUAUAAACCAGUUUCUGUAAUGUGGAGAUUUGUUGAUUUACUAUCUAUGGUUUUGAGUUAGUGAGCCAAAUUUGACAUGGUGUUUACACUCUCCACGGUAAACUUUGACAAUUGUUAAGGGAUUACUACUUAAUUAAAAUUGCAGCAAUUUUAUGUGUAAUCCA